CUUCUUAUAUCUGAUUUAACAAGGAAGUUACAUUAAAGCUCAAAUCUGAAUACUUUCUGCAUUAAAUCUCUUAAAUGAGUUAUUACAGAUUUCAGUAAAAGGAAGCGCAAAUGCAAAUUAAAUGUAUAUUCAAAAUAGAACUUUAUUUUGAAUUUCUCUAAUACAAAAAUGGAGUUUAGUGAUAUAAGUAAGGACACACCUAAUACUGAACGCCACAGAAACACUCAUUUAUACGAGAAUACAACUGUUACUAGGGAAACGAUUGAGACAGAUGAAACCAAGUCUACUGACCAAAUCAAAAGGGACGAAGAGAAUUAUGAGCAAUUAAACGUGGACAGCAAAACAAACAAUGAAAAACGUGACAGCAAAGAAAACACACAAAAUCGGAACAAAGUUUUUAUUUCUAUAAUUUUGGUAAUGCUUGUUUUGCUGUAUAUUGCAGUCAUAGUGUUGAUAGUUAGCGUUGUCCUACCGAAAAGUCAAGAUAAUGGAGGAUGGAGUGCGUGGUCAUCAUGGGCAUCAUGUUCCGUUUCCUGUGAUGUUGGUAUCCAGCACCGUAACAGGUCGUGUUCUAACCCAUAUCCUAGUGGUACAGGUCAUCAUUGUUUUGGGGAGUCAGUAGAAGACAAAAUAUGUUUGCCUGGAGCUUGUUCUGAUGGUGCCUGGGGUAGCUGGAGCAGUUGGGGUUCUUGCAGUGCAUCUUGCGGCGGAGGGACACGGUCACAAACUCGAACUUGUACAAACCAGAAACCAUCAUUACUUGGAACAUAUUGCGAUGGUACUCCGAUAAAAGUUAGCAUUUGUAACAUGCAAACAUGUCCAGACUUAAAGGUGGCAUUCACUGCUUAUGGAAGUAGUAAAGAAAGGUCAAGAACUGUGAUUAAAUUUCCCCACACGCACCUUAACAGUGGCGGGGCAUACAGUCCCAGUACAGGGAGAUUCACCUGCAAAAUACCUGGUUUUUAUCAUUUUGCUGUUACUUUAACAAAAGUAAGAAAAAAAAUAGAUGUGAUAAUUGCCAAUGUAAGGAUAAAUGGUGUGGUUAAGCUUUUGUUGCAGUCUGAUCCUUACAACGAUAGUGAUGGCCACUUUGAUUAUGGAAGUUAUUCUCUUAGCGCUGCUGGCACCUUUCGCUUGAACGUAAGUGAUUAUGUAGAUGUACAUAGUUAUCCAUAUGACCUCUAUAAUGAUGAUAGUUCAUUCUUCACGGGAGUUUUAGUAAUCCCAGAUAGAUUAUAGAAAUACACGUUUACAUGUAAUACAAAAGUGAAUACCUACACGUCGCCCAUAACGAUAACAAGACUAAGAUUGAUAUAAACAUUUCUUUAUAACGAUAUAAGGCUGCUAAUUAGUACUAUUUUUUUAAAUAAUUGCAGACUCGACAGUAUUGCAGAGAAAGAUUUGUGUUGUUCUGUAUGUAGAAAUAUUCUGAUGGAUAUUUGCAAAUUCAUCAAUUUUUACCGAACUAUAGUUAACAUACUGUUUUGACUGGCAAAGUAGAUGAAUCAGAAUAAUAAAUUUGCAAUAUGAUCCUUUUUAGACCUCUAUACAACCAUUUUCAAUUAUUUCUUGGAUUUUCGAUCAAAUGUUUAAUGUAUACUUUAGUGAUAACACAUCAGGAACACUUUUGUAAACAUUACCCUCCCCUGUCCCAUUUUCUUUUGGUCGUUUAAAAACAGUCAAUGUUCUCCGAGAACUUAUAGAAUACAGGUACUGGAAAAAGGUCUUAGUGUGUAAAGUAGUUCUUGGAAUUUGUUAAGUUUAUGAAGAAUUAAAAAAGCAAGGUAUAAUGUGUGCUUAUGUCUAUGUUUCAAAUGAACUCACAAGGAUAUGACGUCAAGUAAACACAAACAAGUCACAACGACCUAUUGACUUGCAUUGUUUACACAUGUUGUGUCACGUAAUCAUAACAGUAGGGACGUCACACAUAGAAAAAUGUGCGUUUAAUAACUGCAUUAUUACGUUUAUAUAGGUCUGGAUGUCAUUUUUUCAGAGAGCUAUAACGAGGUAUAUAACCAAUUUAACAAUGAAGGAAACAAAGUUGUAUAUAACUAGCGGUUUAAUAGUUUAUAUUUAAGUAUGAAAUUCAAUGUAAACAAAUAAACACUGAAGUGCCCAAAUGUGAACUAGUAAUCUGCUAAUCUGCUAUCUAUUUCUGUUGCUUUUGAAUGUAAGUUGUUUUGUAAUAGGGCUUGUUGGCACUUCUACAUUGUACGUUUGCCUAUUUGAUUAAGAUUUCAAAAUAUGAAUAUGGGUUAGGUUUUAAAUAUGCAUAUAAAUUUUCAUUUAAAUAUAAUCUUAUACAAUACUUACUAGCAGCUGUAUAUUUGUAAAUGUGUGAGACUAAUAAGACUUCGAAACUAGUUUCAUACACGAGUGAUAAUGUAUGCACUUUUGUAAUGCUUUGGAUGUUUUAAUAAAUGUUUG